AUUAUUGUUAUACAUGAGUUAUGGGAUCAUGUUAUUAUUCUUUUUACUGUUUACAAGUUAAUAUUUAAAUCAUAAGUACCUACCGGCUACCAUACGUUAAUCCAGGGUGUCGGGUUUUUGAUUUUAUACACUAACGCCGCUCACGUCUUCCCGUUACUCACCAACCCCAGGUGAAAUGGGUAAGUCGUCUAAAGACAAGCGUGACAUAUAUUACCGGCUAGCCAAAGAACAAGGCUGGCGGGCCCGAAGUGCGUUUAAGUUGAUCCAGAUCGAUGGACAGUUCAACAUACUAGAUGGCGUCAGCCGAGUGGUGGAUUUGUGUGCAGCCCCAGGAAGCUGGAGCCAGGUGCUGAGCAAGGCGCUGUACUCAGAUCGCAGCAGCAAGGAUGACGUGAAAAUCGUUGCGGUUGACCUGCAGUCAAUGGCUCCGCUCCCUGGCGUCGUGCAGCUAAAGGGUGACAUCACCAAGGAAAGCACCGCCAAAGAAAUACUCUCUCAGUUUAAUGACGGCCAAUUGGUGGACCUGGUCGUAUUUGAUGGUGCGCCGGAUGUCACUGGACUCCAUGAUCUAGAUGAGUAUGUGCAAGCACAACUACUGCUGGCCGCCAUGAACAUCACCACUUACCUGCUCAAGCCAGGUGGCACGUUCAUAGGAAAGAUUUUUCGUGGUAAGGACUCUUCCUUGCUUAUUGCUCAGCUAGAGAUAUUUUUUGGUGACGUGGUUGUCGCCAAGCCAUGUAGCUCACGCAAUUCUAGCAUUGAGUCAUUUGUCGUAUGUCGAGACUUCUUGCUGCCUGAUGGCUACACUCCCACCAUGGCCAAUCCGCUGAUGACCAACGACUCAAGGCCCUGGGACGAGAUGGAUGUGCAUCCAGUCAUUACACCGUUUGUGGCCUGCGGUAGUUUAAGCGGCUUUGAUGCUGACAAGACAUAUCCUUUAGAAAUUGACGGUCUGCAAUACACGCAGAGAAAUCCUGUACAAGGGCCAAUAGCACCACCAUAUGAGAAAUCAAAACCAUUGAUAACUACAAAAGGCAUGAGUGUUGUCCAGACACCUAUUGACCAAACCAUUGUCUGUACUGAAAAACUAACAUUGGACUAAUUUCUAAUUCCCCAUAGAUUAUAUUCUCUAUAUUAAAUCAAUGGAUUAUGAUUUACA